GACCACUAAGAACUGUUUGAAAUGGGCCAAAGGAUAUUUAAAAGAACAAUUAAUUGGUCUUACCGCUGAACAUGAGGGCAUCACGGUCAAAACUGUGGAUGUAACCGAAUGUUCCGGAGACGCAGAUUUGAAUCAAAGAAAGGGAAAAUUAAUUCCAUUCAUUGAUUUAGUAAUAGAGUUAACUUGGUCUGGUACGGUACCAGAUGGUACCGAAGUUACAGGAAAAAUCCGUAUUCCUGAACUUCAAGGUACAGAAGGGAAUUGUGAGUUUCAAGUCAGUGUUGACGAUGAAACUACUGUUAAAGAACCCAUAAAAAAAGUAGUCCAAGACCAUCUGACUCCUUUGAUAAGGGAAAAGUUUAAAAAUUUUGGCAAAGAUAUGUUAGAAA